AUGGCACCACCAUUACCAUCAUCAUUGGCUUAUCAUUCUUCUCCAUUGCAACGUGUAGCCACACCAUUUGGUUAUGGUUCACUACAUGAACCAAAUGAAGAAUCAUCUGUUGUAUCGACACCCGAAGAAAUCGACUCGAAUUCACAUCAGGGCUUUGCCCAUGUUGAAUUUCCAUGGGGACAUGCUUAUGUUCAUACGGAUCAAGUGGCGACUAUACCAGUUUUUACAUUCUAUGCUCUUUCUAAGACAAAGCCGAUAAAGUUCACAUUGCCUUUUGCAUUGACAAGUUUGGGUCAAGAAAUGGUCGACGCAGUACGUUGUCAAUUGGAUUUAGGACCUAAUAUUGCGGUCGCAUUGGUCCAGACAGACUCAGUGUGCAAACAUGAGAUCCAACCACAUGUAAAGCUUGGAGAUUCGACAAUUGGAGCGGGUCCAAAACAUCCUGUACUUGUAUUACAGACUCCUAUGGUGCAAUUUGAUAAGAACAAGUGUUCAUUCUAUAUGAUAUUACAAGAGAAUAAUAUGCAAGCAGUGCAGAUCGCAAAAGGAUGUGGCUCGGUAAUGGGGAAUUGCCAACUAACGUGUGGAAUUAAGUACUGGGAAGUAAAGUUAAUAAGUGCACGAGGUGGAGAUGGUGUGUUUGUGGGUAUAGCAUCUACGGAAUUGGCGCUUAAUACGAGCAUCUUGAGUCGUGGAAUGUUUUGGGGUAUUUCGUGUGCUACUGGACACAAAUUCCACAAUACGAUCGAGUACUAUGCAGAUCCCUGCAAGGACGAAGAUGUCGUUGGUAUAUUACUCGAUAUGGAGUACGGUCGGCUCACUUUUUACGUGAACGGACGGAAUCUUGGAGUUGCGUUUUGCGGUAUACGCGCUAAACGGUUGUGUCCUGUUUUCUCACUAACAUUUAUCGGACAAACUAUCAAGCUGCUGCCAACAGCAUCACCUCCAAUGCCGUAA